AUGCCUCUCGUAACACAGAACGUCAAGCCUCGUGUUAUCCUGGGCCUAAUGACCUUUGGACCCCCUGGUAGUGAACAGCUCGACGCGCGUAUCUUUGACCCUGAAACUUACAACAAGGCUCUUGACCUCUUUCAAAGUAAGGGCUACAACGAAGUCGACACUGCCCGCAUCUAUGUUGGCGGCAAACAGGAGGGCUGGACUGGCUCGCAGACCAACUGGAAAGAGAGAGGACUUACCGUGGACACAAAGGUCAAGUAUCCCGCCCAACCUGGCGAAAAUACAUACGACAAGGUCAUCGAGUCAGUUGAGACCAGUCUGAAGGAGCUGGGAACUGACUGCAUCGAUCUGCUCUACCUCCAUCGUCCCGACCGCGGCACUCCUUUCCAAGAAACCCUCGAGGCUAUCAACAAGCUACACAAGGAUGGAAAGUUUGUCAAGUUCGGUAUCAGCAACUUCACCGCGUACGAGGUCGCAGAAGUUGUCAUGAUUUGCAAGUAUAACAACUGGGUCCGGCCCACGGUCUACCAGGGCAUGUACAACUGCCUCACCCGUUCUAUCGAGGCAGAGCUCUUUGUAGCAUGCAGGAGAUACGGCCUCGACAUAGUCGUGUAUAACCCAAUUGCUGGUGGUCUCCUUUCUGGCAAGAUCAAGUCAAUGGACAUCAAGCCCGAGAGUGGCCGUUUCUCUGAUCAGAGCAAGAUUGGUACCGCAUAUCGUCAGCGAUACUUUAGAGAGAGCACAUUCAAGGCUCUGAAGGCUAUCGAGGAAGCGACCGAGAAGAACGGACUGAGCAUGCUUGAGACAGCGUUGCGAUGGAUAAUCCACCACUCCGGACUAAAGGUCACAAAUGGCAACGAUGGAAUUAUCAUUGGUAUGUCCAACAUCCAGCAGCUCGAGCAGAACCUUGAGCUCGUUGAAAAGGGACCUCUGCCCGACGAGGUGGUAAAGGCACUUGACCAGGCGUGGCUGUAUUCCAAGGCAGAUACAGCCAACUACUGGCACGGGGAUUUGGAGUAUACAUAUGAUGUGCACGAGGCUCUGUUUGGUGCGUCGGCCAAGUAA